GCGAGCUAGGAUGAAGUACUAUCAUUUGUGCAGUUUGUCAGUCCAUUUCCGGGCCGGCUCUAUAUGUAGCUGGUUUGCAGUGUUGGAAUGUUGGAGGCAUGGGAACCAAACAGGGGGUGAUCCCAUCCACAGAACAAAUAAAAGGUUGAUCUCCCCAAGGGGAGCAUACUACAGGCACCAAUCAAUCUCACAAUCUAAAGAGAUCCAAGCUGUUAAAAGGGUUUCUGAGAGACAAGAACCACACAGUUGGUUUACAGCAACUUAAUUGUUUCUCAUACAAAAAUGGAGAGUAACACUGCUGAGGUUGGGGAGAAGAGGGACAGGAGCCAUGAUCAAGAGGAUCUGGGCCAUAGCUUUGGCUUCAAAUGCAACUCAUUUCAUACAUUGGUCAGAUCCCCAGAGGCCAGAACGAGCGGCGGCGGCGGCGGCGGCGGCGUUGGCGGUGUUACUAUGGCCACGACGAGUGCUUUUCCGUUUACCGCAGUGCAGUGGGCGGAGUUACAGAGGCAGGCUUUGAUCUAUAAACAUAUCAUUGCCUCAGUUCCAGUCCCCUACUGCCUUCUUAUCCCAGUAUCUAACUUAGAAGUCCCCUUCUACCACAUAGUUCCCAACUUAUAUAAUCUUAAGCACUUAAAUACUAUGGAGCUCGAGGCUAGAAGGUGCCAUCGAACCGAUGGCAAAAAAUGGAGGUGCUCAAGAGAAGCUGCGCCCGAUCGCAAGUACUGUGACCACCACAUGCGAAGAACUCGACCACGUUCAAGGAAGCAUGCGAUCGAAACACGCAAAACAACCACCGCACCGCCCAACUUGAACUUUCUAUCCAAAUCUACAGACCCGAAAACCAAACCAACAUCGAAUUUUCGUGAAGAGAUAACAUUCAACACAAUUCAUCAGCAACAAUAUAAGAACAAGUUGAUGCUAAACCAUACAGAUUUGAAUAGAUUCUGCUUCCCUUUCCCAGACGAGUCAAGCAUUUGCAGCCGAAAGGAGAAUGUCGAUGUGUUUAAAACCGAUGGCAACGUUAUAUCUUCUCUUUCAAUCUCUACACUACUUCGCCUCUCUGUGUCAUGUAACACUAUGGAGGGCUCGCGUUCGUCGAUCGGUGGGCCCCUUGGAGAGGUCUUGGUUUCUUUGUCAGAAAGUAGUAGCAGCGACAGUCCCUCCUUCGCCCAGUCGGAGAAUGUGCGGGUUGGCGAAUAGAGCAACGUGUAUCAUCUUAGCUUUUGUGAACUGAGGAGAGAUCAAAAUAAGCUUAUAAAUUUUAUGUGUGUUGUACUUAAGAACCAGAUGUUUCUAAUUUAUUUGAUGCUUGAUAAUGCAUGAAUAAUACCAACUUAAAUAAACACAUGCCUUGUU